AUGCAAAAACCCAUAGUCUCUGGAUUGAUGGAGUUGAACAACUCGACUGAUAUCGAUCCCUGGGGUGGUAUCCUCAAUUGGGCUAUCGAUCGUCAGUGUCUCCCUAUUGAUCCCGCAAUCGCCGGAAGUUCUAGCAGUCAACUCCCUACUACCCGUAAGACCAUUGAGAAACCCAGGGCAGGGCGACGCGGGGGUAGAGUGUAUACUGGAUGUUUCACCUGCCGCCAGCGAAAGAUCAAGUGUGACGGACGACGGCCAACCUGUGCCAACUGCGAACGCUCACGGCGGCAUGUCUGUCAUGGAUUUAUUGUCGCGCCCGCGGCUACCACUGCGAUAGCACAGAUAUUUGAUAAUAAGGCAAAGGCUGCCCCAGUACUUCAUACUCAGAGAAGUGAGGCCGACCAACCGGCAGAGGCUUUCUUUGCCCCAAGUCCGCGUAUCUCCAUUGCAUCAAGCCCGCUUGAGAGUGUAGAGACCAAUGAGAACCUCAAUCCACCCAUCAUUUCCUCACCAGGUGGCACUGGAAUGUCUUCGCCUGAAUCAAUGGAUAAUUCUACCCACGGCCAGACUACUUUGCAAACCCCUCCGGGCUGGCCGUCGAAUCGGGACGGGCCUGAUGACCACGAAGUGCUCUUGAUCAGGCACUAUCGCGAGGUAGUUGGGCACAUCAUGAUGCCAGCUAUAGAUUCACCACGAAACCCAUGGCUCCAGAUCUAUUUGCCUUUGGCUCUCGCAAGAUCACCAGAUCGCACUACUCUCGCGUUACGCCACGCCAUCCUUGCCGUCUCAGCUUUACACCGGGCCCAACCCAGUGGUUCAGAGCGACAGAGUCUACUAGUCCGGGCUAAAGUUUAUGCGCUCGACGCUGCACAGUUGGUGGAUAAUUGUUUGAGUGACAGUGAUGCGGAAUACGCAGAGGCCCAGAAGCAUGCCUUGUUGGCCUGCACAUUGUCUCUAAUCUCGAGUAACGUGUUCGCGUCUGAUAGCAAGGGCUACCAAGAGCACCUUGAUCUUGCUCACAGAGUGUUCACUAUGACCGGCUCGAGUUGUUUUUGGAGGUCGAGCUUUCGCUCCAGCGUGCUUUAUCAGAUAUACCGGUUCUACGAACUCCUAGUUACGACUACCCAAGGGCCGUUAGGCAGUGGACCUCAAUAUAAUGAGUGCAGUCCAACAAAGUCUGCAUCUCCCGAUGAGGACGCUGAUAAUUUCUCCACUUUCUCUAGAUCCUCGAUGGAGUUCCAAGAUCCCGAAAGGAUAGCCAUGUCGUCCCACUAUGUUCUAGAUACCUGCUUUGGCAUCAGUCAGCGGACGAUCUCAUUACUCUAUCGAACCGUUCGUGCCGACCGACAGAUUGCUAAAUGGGACCCGCGCGUUAGCAUUGAGGAAAGCCUGGUCAAAGAAUUCGAAGACGUUAGAGCACAGCUCUACGAUAUCACACUUGAUUCUGAGGCGUUAUCAAGGAGCGCCCUAAAUGAUGAGAUAAACUUCUACGUACCCGAUCCUAAACUGAAACUUCUCUGGUCAUUCGGGGAAGAUGCGGUUAUCCCUACAGCUGUUCGCGACGAGCUGCUUGAGAGCCACCAAUGGGCCUUUCAUAAUGCCGUCAUUUUGUUUUUUGGGCGUUGCUUUGACUCACCACAAUUCAGGCGCUCUGAGACGGACUAUCCGGACAAAGGCAGGCCGAGAUGGGCCAAUUUGGAAACCCCUUUCCAAGAUUAUCAGAAAUUCGUCGCUUUAACCUUCGAUUCCCUCGAGACUAUUCAAUGUCUCACUCGGGGCCGAUCGAUCAGACCUGCCAUCACACUAUGGCCUGCCCUCGUUGCGGCUUGUGAGGCUGUGGAUGUAGAAUUGCGACACAGAUGUCUCCAGUGGUUUCAGAAUGCUUCGGCAAAGGGGAUCGGCAACUUGUCUCGGGCAAGGGCUCUGGUUCUAGAGGUAUGGAAGCGAACGGACCGCCACCUCGACACAGAUGGGAGACUCCCUCCUUCGAGUCGUGGUCUGGGGUUUGUCGACUGGCGCGAUGUCAUGGCCGAGCUGAAAACUCCCAUCAUGCUGACAUAG